AUGUCGCGGGGUCAGCCGUGCGACUUCAGGCUCCCAUCUGAACUGGAUUGCGCCAGGCGCUUCAGUUCAACUGGCCCACUGAGACCCCCGGUUCUACAGCCCCACAUGUUUUACAACAGCGGGGACCGGUCUGGUCACGGGCUAAAGCCGCCCGAUCUUCCCCCUCUGGCAGCAGAAUUUAAAGAGAUACCCAAGAGGACAAAAGCCAAAGUCUGGAUCCUGCCAGCCCAGAUGGAUUUCACAUCAAUUGAAAUUCAACGAAGUUGGGAUUUAGACUUCAUUCAUGGUGCUUUAGCCUUUGCUGUUCACUCAAGGAAGGUGUUAGGAUUUGUUAAGUUUCUUCAGGCAAGGGAUCCUGCUUCUGAAAAAGAAGACGGCUUUAUUUGGGAUUUUUGGAAAGAGGCCUUUGGCUGUUCACUCUCUGGUACCACAGAAGCCAUGAAUAAUGAAGAUAUCUGCACUGGGGAGGAGCAGCUUGAGAGUCUUCCUGGGUCUGUCUUUGAAAUGACCAUGAGCAGCCACAGCUACAGCAUCUACACUGCUGUCUACGUGGUGGCACAUGCAUUGCAUUCCAUGUAUUCAUUUGUGCUCAAACACAGAACACUGGAAGGUGGAGGGAGAAAAAAUAUUCUGAAUCAACAGCCAUGGCAGGUUCAGCCCCUUUCUCUGUGCAAUGACCAAUGCCAUUCAGGCUACGGUAAAAAAGAAGGGAAACCAUUUUGUCGCUAUGAUUGCCUUCACUGUCCAGAAGGGAAAGUUUCAAAACUAGAGGAUUCCAAUGACUGUUUUCAGUGCAUGGAAGGUCAAUAUCCAAAUAUCAAUCAGGACUCAUGCCUGCAAAAAUAUAUAAGCUUCAUGUCUCAUGAAGAACCUUUGGGGAUCAGUUUGGCCAGUUCUGCAUUUUUCUUCUCUUUUAUGGCAGCUUUGGUGCUCAGUAUCUUCCUUAAGAACAAGGAUACUCCCAUAGUCAGAGCCAACACCCGGAAUCUCUCCUACAUUCUCCUCAUCUCCCUCCUGCUCUCCUUCCUUUGUGCCUUGCUUUUCAUCGGCAGACCUGAGAAGCUCUCGUGUCUCCUUCAACAAACUACUUUUGGCAUCAUCUUCUCAGUGGCUGUUUCUUGUGUGCUGGCCAAGACUGUCAUUGUGGUUCUAGCUUUCAUAGCCACCAAGCCAGGGUUCAGGAUGAGAAACUGGGUGGGGAAACGACUGGCCAACUCGAUUGUUCUUUCUUGCUCUUUGAUUCAAACCAUUAUUUGUACAGUUUGGUUAAUAACUUCUCCUCCUUUCCCAGAAUUUGAUAUGCACUCAAUGACAGAAGAAAUAAUUCUGAAAUGUAAUGAAGGAUCAGUCACCAUGUUUUACUGUAUCUUGGGCUACAUGGGCUUCCUGGCCACUGUCAGUUUCAUGGUAGCUUUCUUAGCCCAAGUUGUUUUCUCCAAGAUGUAUCACCAAAAUCUGCAGAGGAGGGUCCCUAAUGCCCCUGAACAGAAGAGGCAGGAGCCUGGACCACCUCAUGCCAUGGCGGCCCUGCCACUCAAUUAUGGCUCUGUCGCUCAGGCCCAGCUGUGA